UGGCGCACUACUGAAAUGACUCCUCGUGGGCCAGACAUUUCAGAGGAUGUACUUGUUUCGGAGGGUACUUCAGACAUGAAUAUAUUGUACUGCUUUUUUGAGUAUCUGGGCGUAGAAUUCUGGGAGUUAGUAGCAGAGCAGAGCAACCUAUAUUCGGCACAAAAGCGGGAUUUAAAAUCGUUGAACACGAACGCUAUUGAAAUGAUUAAAUUUGCAGGCGUGCACUUGAUGAUGGGCAACCUCAAAUAUCCUCAAGAUCUAAAUAAGCCAAAUGCUGAUGACAAACUAUGGAAAAUAAGACCACUAAUAGACCCCAUUUUGAAGAGAUGCCAUAAGUUGUCACGGUCUAAGAAUAUGUCCAUAGACGAACAAAUGAUUCCAUUUUCAUGACGAUGUGAAUUUCGCCAAUAUGUGCCUUCUAAGCCAAAUCCUCUUGGUCUUAAGAACUUUGUACUGGCUGCCCGAGAUGGGCUGGUGUUGGAUUUUGACAGGUUUUUUACUAGUCUAAAACUGGCCGAGCUUUUGCUACAAAAAAAUAAUGGCAUUUUUCUGACUGGGAUAAAUGGACAGUUAGAACUUUCUGUCAUUUCCUUGACCUAAUUGCCGUCAAUUGUUGGAUUAUG